AAAAACAAUACCCAAACAAGGACCGGUGAGUUCAACUGAGUUGACCGUCUGGCCGAGAGUCUUGCGGGGCUCUGGUCUUAAAAUUUCUUGGGUGAUGCGUAUUUUAGGGUCAACUGCUGCCCCACGCCCAGCGCUGAUAUCAUUCAACUCUCUAACCUUCCCCGAACGCUCCCUCUCCCACUUCUCUUCUCUAUUAACAUUAAUUUUCCCUAUACUCGCGUUUUACUUUUAUCAGUCACAUCACAUUGUUCCUCCCCGCCCCCCUUGCUAUCUCAACUAAAAUCAUCACAAUGGUCGGAAUUGGCCCCAAACGUCCCCCAUCCCGCAAGGGAUCGAUGCAUGAGCUCCCCCAGAACUUGUUGGAGCAGAUUAAGCAAUUCGAGGACAUCUUUACUGUGGACGGUACCAAACUCAAGCAGAUUGCGGACCAUUUCGUGAAGGAGCUCGAAAAGGGUCUAAGCGUCGAGGGGGGGAACAUUCCCAUGAAUGUAACCUGGGUAAUGGGAUUCCCCGAUGGCGACGAGCAGGGAACCUUCCUCGCUUUGGACAUGGGCGGCACCAACCUGCGUGUCUGUGAGAUCACCUUGACAAAAGAGAAGGGCGCUUUCGACAUCACUCAGUCCAAGUACCGUAUGCCGGAGGAGUUGAAGACGGGCACCGCGGAGGAGCUGUGGGAAUACAUCGCCGACUGUUUGCAACAGUUCAUUGAAUCCCACCACGAGGAUGAGAAACUGUCUAAACUACCAUUGGGCUUCACCUUCUCCUAUCCUGCUACACAGGAAUAUAUUGAUCAUGGUGUCCUCCAGCGUUGGACCAAGGGCUUCGACAUUGACGGAGUAGAGGGCCAUGAUGUUGUCCCCCCAUUGGAGGCAAUCCUCAGGAAAAGAGGCCUUCCUAUCAAGGUUGCUGCUUUGAUCAAUGACACUACUGGCACCCUGAUCGCCUCUUCUUACACUGACUCAGAUAUGAAGAUUGGCUGCAUUUUCGGCACUGGUGUCAACGCCGCCUAUAUGGAAAACUGCGGCUCGGUUCCCAAGCUUGCACACAAGAAUCUACCCCCAGAUAUGCCCGUGGCGAUCAAUUGCGAGUACGGUGCCUUUGACAAUGAGCACGUUGUGCUGCCCCUCACCAAGUAUGACAUCAUCAUCGAUCGUGACUCCCCUCGUCCAGGACAGCAAGCUUUCGAGAAGAUGACCGCAGGUCUUUACCUGGGAGAAAUAUUCCGCCUGGCCCUCCUGGAUCUGUUGGAGACGAGGCCUGGUCUGAUUUUCCAGGGUCAAGACACCUCCCAGCUCCGGAAACCUUAUUUGCUGGACGCGUCCUUCCUCGCAGCUAUCGAGGAGGAUCCGUACGAGAACUUGCAGGAAACUGAAGAACUCAUGGAGCGCAAGCUAAACAUCAAGGCCACCCAGCAGGAGCUGGAAAUGAUCCGUCGCUUGGCGGAGUUGAUCGGCACUCGUGCGGCUCGUCUGUCGGCGUGUGGUGUGGCCGCGAUCUGCAAGAAGAAGAACAUUGAGUCUUGCCAUGUGGGCGCGGACGGCUCUGUCUUUACGAAAUAUCCCCACUUCAAGGCCCGUGGAGCACAGGCUCUGCGCGAGAUCUUGGACUGGGCACCUAACGAGAAGGAUAAGGUGGUCAUCAUGGCUGCUGAAGAUGGUUCUGGUGUUGGAGCGGCUCUUAUUGCUGCAUUGACAUUGAAGCGGGUUAAGGCAGGCAUCAGCUGCGGCAUCCGGGAUAUGGCUGAUAUGCAGAGCCUUAUCUAAUAUGUGGGCUUUUGUCAACUUUGAUCUAACUCUGGGCGUUAAUCAUUGGAGAUGCAUCUUCACUUCCUCUUUCUUAUUUUUAGUUUUUUUUUCUUCUCUCUGAGGGGAUGCCAUAUCAACAUGAGGGACAUGGCUCGGUUUACGAUAUAGACCGAUGGGGUUUUUAUACGGGAAAGGCGAAUAAUCAAAAAAAGGUAAAAAGAUAUCUAUUUUAUCAUACACAUCAGCAUAUGGGAAUUAAUUUACGUUCAACAAAC